AUGGCACUGCUGGAGGGUAAGAGAAGGAGGAGGAGAGAAGGAAAGAUUAAGAGGGAGGAAGAGGAGCUGGGGCAUCUUAAGAGGGAGGAAGAGGAGCGAGAGCAUCUUAAGAGGGAGGAAGAGGAGCUGGGGUAUCUUAAGAGGGAGGAAGAGGAGCUAGAGCAUCUUAAGAGGGAGGAAGAGGAGCUGGGGCAUCUUAAGAGGGAGGAAGAGGAGCUGGGGCAUCUUCAGAGGGAGGAAGAGGAGCUGGGGCAUCUUAAGAGGGAGGAAGAGGAGCUGGGGCAUCUUAAGAGGGAGGAAGAGGAGCUGGGACAUCUUAAGAGGGAGGAAGAGGAGCUGGGGCAUCUUAAGAGGGAGGAAGAGGAGCUGGGGCAUCUUAAGAGGGAGGAAGAGGAGCUAGAGCAUCUUAAGAGGGAGGAAGAGGAGCUGGGGCAUCUUAAGAGGGAGGAAGAGGAGCUGGGGCAUCUUAAGAGGGAGGAAGAGGAGCUGGGGCAUCUUCAGAGGGAGGAAGAGGAGCUGGGGCAUCUUAAGAGGGAGGAAGAGGAGCUGGGGCAUCUUAAGAGGGAGGAAGAGGAGCUGGGACAUCUUAAGAGGGAGGAAGAGGAGCUGGGGCAUCUUAAGAGGGAGAAAGAGGAGCUGGAGCAUCUUCAGAGGGAGAAAGAGGAGCUGGGGCAUCUUAAGAGGGAGGGAGAGGAGCUGGGGCAUCUUAAGAGGGAGGAAGAGGAGCUGGGGCAUCUUAAGAGGGAGGAAGAGGAGCUGGGGCAUCUUAAGAGGGAGGAAGAGGAGCUGGGGCAUCUUAAGAGGGAGGAAGAGGAGCUGGGGCAUCUUAAGAGGGAUUAA